AAAACCAAGCCAUGAGUUUGAAGGAAUUGUCCGUGGAGCUCCGAGACAGGAUUGUGUUGAGGCACAGAUCUGGGGAAGGGUACCAAAAAAGCCCAAGAACAAUGUCGAUGAGCCCUAGGCAUACGACUCCUUUUUCUGUUUCCGAUAUCUUGAGUCCUCUUGAGGAGAGCUACAAGAAAGUAAGUAUGGAGAAUAACAACUUGGGGUCACCUCUCGCGUCGUACCGGCAGCCGCAGGUGUCUCAGGCGAUGAUGCAGCAGCACCACAUGGGCCAUAACGGGACGGUGUCCGCGGCAUACCAUAUGACUGCGACGGGAGUGUCCCAGCUGUCACACACCGCAAUGGGGGGCUACUGUAACGGCAACCUGGGGAACAUGAGCGACCUGACGCCCUACCAGGACGGCAUGAGAGGCAGCGCCACGGCCGCUGGCUGGUACGGAGCCAACACAGACCCGCGAUUCUCCACGAUCUCGCGCUUCAUGGGCUCUUCUUCGGGCAUGAACAUGGGCAGUAUGGGCAGCCUUGGCUCGCUAGUAGACGUGGGGAAAGGCAUGGGCCCGCUCUCGAGCACCCCGAGAAGGAAGAGGCGCGUGCUGUUCUCUCAGGCUCAGGUCUACGAGCUCGAGCGGCGAUUCAAACAACAGAAGUACCUAUCCGCGCCUGAGAGAGAACACCUGGCGAGCAUGAUCCACCUCACCCCGACCCAGGUCAAAAUCUGGUUUCAGAACCACCGAUAUAAAAUGAAGAGGCAAGCGAAGGACAAAGUUUCGCAGCAGCAGAUGCAACAGGACAGUAGUUCCUGUCAGCAGCAUUCCCCUCGGCGGGUGGCUGUGCCUGUGUUAGUGAAAGACGGCAAGCCAUGCCAAGGCAGUGCCCACACUCCCACCACUACUGUCCAGACACACCACCAACAAGGUGCCAAUGUUAUGAUCAUGUCCAGUAACGGUUCAGGCCUAGGUCAGCACCAGAGCCAACAGGUGGGUAGUGCAGAUCACUCUCCAGACCUAGCACAACACUCCGCCAGCCCACCGUCUCUCCAGACCCAGGUAGCCGGCCUCUCUCACCUGAACUCCUCCAGCGCCGAGUACGGGACGGCCCUGCAGUGCUCUGCUCUGUUAUAUGGCAGGACAUGGUGAUCUGUUAUGCCGCAGGACAUGGUGAUCUGUUAUGCCGCAGGACAUGGUGAUCUGUUAUGCUGCAGGACAUGGUGAUCUGUUAUGCCGCAGGACAUGGUGAUCUGUUAUGCCGCAGGACAUGGUGAUCUGUUAUGCCGCAGGACAUGGUGAUCUGUUAUGCCGCAGGACAUGAUGAUCUGUUAUACGGCAGGACAUGGUGAUCUGUUAUAUGGCAGGACAUGGUGAUCUGUUAUAUGGCAGGACAUGGUGACAGCCAGACAAACUAUGAUCACAAACACACAUACAACACUGCUCUCAAAGCUUUUUCAGCAAAGUCACUCAACAGACACGCAAAACAACAAACAAAUUGUACUUUGUGUACAUUUUGAACAACACCAUUUGGUGAAUUUUAGUUCAUGCUCUUCUAAAAUGUAAUUGGAUAUGAGGACAGUAAGUGGAGACGAAAGAAACUCGACAGAUGAAGUUAUGAGGAUAUGCGAGUUCAAUCUUCGCUUUGAAGUUGGAUUUCUUAUUUCUGUAAAUUAUACUGAAGCUAUACAGGGCUAGUCCUACAUCAAGAGGUCAUAGGCCCUACUCCUGUGUGUUGGUCAUUGGGCUAAAGAUCUCAAUAGAAAAACUGUGGGUGCUUUUCCAUUUUUUUCACAGAAGGCUCUGGUUUAUAAUAGAAUUUAAUGUAAAACGUAGCUUGUAUAUUUCUGUAAAAGGUUUGAAUUGAAUAUAUAGUUUUUAGCAAUCUGUUGUACAAAGUUUUUAGCGCUAUUAAUGGUUUGUGGUUGGUUACUUGAGUUCCAUCGGUAUUUGUACGUUUUAUUUACUUGUAACUUAUAUAGAUAGAUAUUACUUAAAUACAGCCAAACAAUCCUAUUAAUAAAUUAUGGUAAUAAAAUUCAUUCAGAUGCAUUUAUUGAAAUUGUUUUGUAUACUGUUUCAGAGAAUACAUAGGCCUACGAGAAACCUUGUCAAAUUAUUUUCAGAAAACGAAUAGGCCUUUACCUGUAGAAAAUUAAUAUUAUAAUAAUAAUUAAAUAAUAAUAUUAUUAUUAUUGUAGUAGUAAUAAUAAAGAUGAUGAUUCUAAUUAUAA